AUGGCUACUUCUCAUAAAGGUCUCUUUCUCAAUCAGAGAAAGUACAUACUUGAUUUACUGCAAGAUGCAGAUAUGGAGGAUUGUAAACCAGCUCGCACUCCUCUUGACAGCGAGCUGCAACUUAAUGUAUUAAGUGAGUCUUUCUUGGAUUUAACCUCCUAUCAACGAUUAGUGGGUAAGCUUAUCUAUCUCACAAUCACUCGACUUGAUAUUUCUUAUGCUGUAAGCAUUGUCAGUCAAUUCAUGCAUGCUCCAACUUUAGCUCAUCUUCACAUUGUGAAGAGAAUUCUUCGUUAUCUCAAAGGUUCUAUUGGAAGAGGUAUUUUGAUGAAAAACAUUGGAAACACUCACAUAAUGGGAUACACCGAUGCUGAUUGGGCAGGCAAUUCUCUUGAUCGAAAAUCAACAACUGGCUUCUGUACAUUUCUUGGUGGAAAUCUGGUUACUUGGAAGAGCAAAAAGCAAACUGUUGUUGCUCGUUCUAGUGCAGAGGCUGAGUAUAGAACUAUGGCUUCCACUUCUUGUGAGCUUAUUUGGUUAAAGGGUCUCCUAUCUGAUUUGGGAUUUCCUAGUUGUCAACCAAUGUCCCUUUUUUGUGACAAUCAAGCUGCAAUGCAGAUUGCUUCUAAUCCGGUUUUUCAUGAAAGAACCAAACAUAUAGAAGUUGAUUGUCACUACAUUUGA